ACUUGUUAAUCUAAAAAAUCAUUGCUUUAUUACGGUUUUUUCUUUAUUUAUUUAUUCAUUGUCAAUUCAGUUGUAUAGUUUACUAUGUUUUCGAAAUCGAAAAAUUCUUCAAUAAGAGAUACAUUAAACUCUGAAUUUCCAUUUAGAGAAAUUCAAAUAAAUACGUUAUCUAACCUUUUUUUAACUGAAGAUGGAGUUUUACCUCCAUGUGUUUUCAUUCAUGGUCUACCAUCUACUGGUAAAACAAGUAUAACGACUCGUUUGUUGUAUUUACUAAGAAAGUCAGUCAAAUCAUCUAUAGUGAAUUCUAUAUGCUGUUACACUAAUCAAUUUUUAUUUGAGCCAAUUUUAAAAGAUUUAUUACAAAUUAAGCAAAGCGACUUACCUGAUCGCUGUGAUAAUUUUAUGCAAUUUUUAAACAUAUUAAAACAAUCAAAAAUUCAACAUGAACGAGUGAUUAUAUUGUUGGAUAAUUGUGAGAUGUUGGAACAUGAACAAAUAGUUUUAUUUUCAAAAUUACAAGAGCUGUUAAAAAGUUAUCAACUCUGUGUUAUACUUAUAAGCCAAGUACUUCCUACUAGGUUUGACGAGGAUAUUAAUUUUAUACCAAUUGUGUUUGAACAGUAUAAUAGUGAAGAGUUGUCUUUUAUUUUAUCAAAAGAUAUACCAAACGAUUGGAGUUUAUCUAUUUACCAAAAUUUUCUAACUGUUUUCAUGGGAUCGUUUUAUGGAAGCUGUCGAGAUUUAGUGGAAUUAAGACAUUUGGCAAAACUCCUAUUUAUUAAAUAUGUUGAACCAAUAGAAGAUGGAUCAUGUACAGAAAUUAAUCAGCAUUUACUAUACAGAAAAAUAAGUCCUAGUAUUCAAUUAUUGUUAAAUAAUGUUUAUCUAGGAACAAGUUUAGAAAAUGUCAAUAGUUUGUCUGAUGAGAAAACAAAAUUUGAAAAGCUUGCAUUGGAUUUACCAUAUUUUGCCAAAUAUUUUUUAAUUGCUGCAUAUAUUGCAUCAUUUAAUUUACCAAAAUAUGAUAAGCAAUUGUUUGUUAAAGCAUCAAACAAAAAAAAGAAAACUAAUCGAUUAGUAAAUAAAACAGAAAAUUCUACUUUUCAACUUGUUGGACCUAAAAUGUUCUCGUUAGAUCGUUUAUUAGCAAUAUUUUAUGCUAUUAUUGAAGAAAAUACAAAUAUGACUGCCAAUCUUUUAGCACAAGUUAAUACGUUAUCUGAUUUGGGACUUUUAAUACGUUUAAGCGAUGGUAAAUUGGAUACCCCUAAAUACCGAUGUAGUGUUAGUUUUGACUGUGUUAAUAAUAUUGCACGGACAGUGAAUUUUAAUUUAAACAAAUAUCUAAUAGACAAAUAA